UCCUUGUCCCUGUGUAUCUUUUUUGUCUUUUUUUGUUGUUGUGUGGCAGGAGCAGCUCGGGCGACUGGAGGUGUGUGAGAGGCGAGCUGAAGCUGGCAGCCCCUCCUGGGAAGUGCGGGCGAGAAGUUUGGUUGCGGGCGUCCAUCUCUGGAAGGUCUCCUGGUUGCUGUGGCGUCGCUUCAUUACAGAGUGAUUACAAGGCGGCUUAAUGUACUGUUUAAUUGCCGCCUCCAUGCUGAGUGCUUGGUGGCCGCGGCAUGGCUGGUCCCCAUAUGGAUUCAUAAGAGGAGACAUGCACUGGAACGUUGACUCUGCCCCAUCUUCUCGGGAGUUGCUUGAAGAUGUUAACAGGCCUUGACAGGAUCGGGCUGUUCAUUACGUUGACAUUUACAUAGCGACACAGAUUAUUUUUUUCGUUCAAGCAGAAAUCUCAUGUAAUUGAAUUUCUCUGUGGACACAUUCCUGGAGAUGGUGGUCAACGCAUAAAACAUACUGUGGCUGCAAGACCAAUUUCGAAGGGAAUUCUGAAUGCACCAAAAAGUUUGUUGUCUACUUUGCCUCAUCUCUGCCGCCCCCACCUCAAUAAAUAGGAUCUGAUAGAUUAUGUCAUAAUUCUUCAGGACCGAUGUGACUCUAACGUCCAUGCAGAACAAAUCCUCAUAUUCCUUCAUAGACUUGUCCAAGCUUGAAGCGCUCCUAGGCCAGCCCGACGAUCUGAUGACACCUCACUUGGAUGAUACAGCGGACAAAGAUCUGGAAGGAGACUAUGUGGACCUUUUAGAAACUGCUGUCACGGCAGAAAAUAGAGCAUCCGCUUCUUGUCACCAGGAAAUGGGGGAUUCUACCAGGGUUCCAAAAGUCAACGGAGAUCCUGUUUCAAGUGUUGCUAAUAAUAAGUGGGUGUGUGGGAGAACUCAGACCAGUGAGGAAGGGGUGUGCACCCCAUGCCUUAGGAGAAAACUCAACAAAGACUUAACCGUCAAGGAAUCAAAGUGUCGUUUCCGCCAGUCAUACCUUGCGGCUCUUAAAAAUCCAGUUAGGUUCAUCUCAGCACCAAUGGCCGAGAUUUGGGAAGAAACCAUGAGUAGGUCCAGCACAUUUGCCGCCUUGGAAAGCCCUAUUUGUUCCCGUCGUAAACCUCAAAACCAAACAUCUUCUUCUUGGCUUUUCCCUGGAAAAACAGACUCCAAAUCUGGAGAUAUACAAGUACCAGGUACUUCAAGGAAUCCAAAAACCACUUCUUCACCUGGCUCAGACUCUUCUUCUCCAUCCAUAGUCCAUAGAUUCUCCUUCCUAAAAGGACAACGUAGCUCCUCAUCAUCAUCAGGAGAUGGCCUUAACAUGGACAAUAGCACAAAUCAGUAUGGUGGAACCUGGAGAAGGGUAUCUGCGGUCUGCUCUCCUAGACUUAGCCGGGCUAAGUUCUCUGGAAAAGGUAUCGCAGGAUCAACCGCAAAUACCAAUCCAAGUAUCGAGGUGACGUCUUCUGUCCAAAAAGUGCCGUCCAAGACUGGACUAUGGGUAUCCAUCGUAGGAUCUCCAUCAAGAGGAUCCAUUCCCUGGGAAGCCAUUACGGAUCUUCCAAUCCAGUGCCAGGAUCUCAGUGCCAAGCUAUUGUAUUCUGGCAUUGCCUGUCUUCCAGGAAGUCGAGAUAAACUGGGCAGGGCCAUCAUCCAAGUGACCACAGACAGCACAGCUUGGGAUGCCACGUGGUGUUCGGUAAGAGAAGUGGCUCGGCUCCUCCUCUACCUCUUUUCGGUGGCCAGGAAGGAGAUUAGGGACCUGGGACUGAUGAUUUUAGUGGACGCCAGAAAGCAUCCUCCAUCCCCCUGCCUCUAUGCAGCACUACAAUGCGCCCAGGCGUCCUCUCCCGGUUCUAUACACAGCAUUGUCAUUCUUGUAGAAAAGGACAUAGCCCCACAGCUGGACAGGAUGCCUGGACUACAGGUGGAAGUCCUGACUUCAUUGAAAUCUAUAGGCAGAUACGUGGACAUUGGACAGCUGACCUGGGACCUUGGAGGCACCUACCCCUACUGCCACAGCGAGUGGGUCCAGUUCUAUCAGAAGCUCGAUGCCUUCUCCGCCGACCUCCGAAAAGCCUCUGAUUUACUGCAGCAUGCCAUUCAAGAACUGGGUGAAGGCAGCGCUCUGCAGGACUCAAAGGAAGCAGAGGAGAAAAUGGGUCAGUACCGGGAGCUCAUGAAGGUGGUGUUAAGUGACUUUCGCUUAGUUUCCUUACAGCGUGAAGGAGGGACAACGCUGGCAAGACUUCGCAAAGAGGCCACUCGCUUCUACUGCUCUCAGGACGUCAGGAGUGCAGUGGAGUCAGCUGUGCAGAUGUACAACCACUUGGAAGAACGCGUGCAUGGUCUAGUUACUAAGUCCAACCGUAGACUGGAACUUCUGGAGUCAUUGUUGAAGAUCCAGGAGUUGGAAAAACAAUUUAACCAGCUUAGCUUGUGGAUGGACGGAGAUGGAGAAAAUCAAUUAAAUGAGAUGGACACUAUGGAAUGGGCAUUAGAAACUUUGGAGAAGUAUCACAAGAAGUUUAAGGAAUUUUUUCUCCAAGCCACAGUGCAUUAUAACCAUGGGCUGGUCCUACUGGAUGAUGCAAAUAAGUUCAGUGGAUCCAUGUUUCCAGAGAUGGAGGCUUUCAAGGUUACAAGAGGAGCCUUCCAGACCAAACUAAACAGCUUCUACAUAAACGUUGAAAGACAAAAAGAAGAACUGGAAAAGCUUCUGAAUUUGUACAGGUUUUGUGACAAGAUCACCCAGCUCACCAUGAGCUGCAGCCGCUAUGUGGGACAAUUGAAGAUGGCGGAACAAAGGCUUUGCCAGCCGGAGACCCAGCAGUGCCUGGAGACUUACCUUCAGAGAUUGACAGACGAACUGUCCGAUGACAAAUUUCAAGAAAUGAAAGAAGAAUCCUACAAACUGAGCAGCUGUAGAGGACUGGCUGUUUGGAAUGAGACCUGGCUGAAAUGUCAGGAAGCGAAGCAACUAAUAGAAGAAACUCUAGAGAGGUGUAAAGACGAGCAAAAUGCAGCCUUAGCAUGGAACAAGGAUACCACUUUGUCUUCUAGUGUCAAUAAAGGUGAAGACACAGUAGAGAACUUCUCAGCUGAAGUUGCACAAGGAAGCCGAAAGGAGGACGAGGAAUUCAGGCAUCGGGGUGGCAUGAGAUCAGCAGAGUCGACGAUGAUUAACUGCUGUAGCUUUGGUCUCCAUGCUAGUUCCAUGGGCCUUUUUCUGAAAGCAUCCAGAAGUCAAAGGAACGCAAGAGCAGCAAGAGAAACUUUGAUUUCCCAGGGAUGUUCUACCAGUGAAGAUACCAAGAACAGCAAUGGGUCUGACCCCGACAGCACUGAGCUCAUGGCUCAGAACUCCAACAAUGAAGCUCUAGAGAUUUUACAUACUCCAAGUCCAAAGCUUCCUAGGCCAAACCAAGUACAGCCAUCCUUUGCAACAAAUGCGGACCAUUUCUCAUGGGCAUCUUAUGGUAGGGCCAACAGUGAUGACUCAAGUAUUCUGACUCAGAGUGACUGUAAUAAAAUGAAGCAAUCUGGUAGAAGAUGUGUCCUUUCUAGGCAUGCCAGCUUCUCCACGGGGGACUCAAGUUCCCAUUACUCCUCAGAAAGUUCUUCAACUGUUUCUCCCUUGCUUCCAAUGGAACCACUUACCUCUCGUAUGCCUUGGAUGAGAAGAGCCAUGACUGACUCAUCUAGAGACAGUGACUGGACAGCAAAGUAUAACUUCGCUAAGCUCCAUCGGAUAAUGGAGGAACUGCUAGCCACAGAGCGCGACUAUGUCUGUUCCCUGGGUUAUGUUCUUACCCACUACCUGAAUGAAAUGGAUCAGCCAGAUCUCCCUCCUUCCCUACGCGGGCAGCAUGCUGCCAUAUUUGGAAAUUUGGAAAAACUCUAUGAAUUCCAUAGCCAUAUUUUCCUACAGGAACUCACAAGCUGCAGAAGGGACCCAAGCCAUGUGGGGCGCUGUUUUAUGAAACAUAGGGAACAGUUUGGACUUUAUGCUUUUUACAGCAAGAAUAAGCCUCAAUCUGACCGACUACUACAGGAUCAGGGAGCAGCGUUCUUCAAGAGGAAGCAGCAGGAGUUAGGAGACAAGAUGGAUCUCUCCUCCUAUCUCCUUAAGCCCAUCCAGCGUAUCAGCAAGUACAGCCUUCUCCUGCAGGACAUGGAGUGGGAGUGCAAAGGACAAAGUAACAGGGAGGCCGAGCUGAAGGCAGCACGAGAGGUUGUCCGAUUCCAGCUACGUCACGGGAACGAUCUACUGGCCAUGGAUGACAUUCAGGAUUGUGAUGUCAACCUAAAGGAACAAGGCCGACUCCUGCGUCAAGGAGAGUUUGUCAUCUCCUACAGAAAGAGAAAGUGCCUGAGGAGGGUUUUUCUCUUUGAGGAUCUGAUUCUUUUCAGCAAAACAAAAAAAGCUGCAUCGGGGAGAGAGAUCUAUGUGUAUAAGCAGUCCUUCAAGACUUCUGAGAUUGGCCUCACUCACACAUUGGGCGGCAGUGGACUCUGUUUUGAGAUUUGGUUUCGAAGACGAAAAUUGGAGGACACGUAUACUUUUCAGGCUCCCUCUCCCGAUAUCAAGGAGGCCUGGACUGGAGACCUUCAGAAAAUUCUUUGGGACCAGGCUAUAAAAAAUCGAGAAAUGCGCAGACAGGAAAGAGCAUUCUCUGGUUUGGGAUGUAAGCCGUUCACUGACAUCCAGCCGAGUGAAGCCGCCAUUAGCAGUAGAGCCAUCCCGCUGACCGGCAAUGCAGUAGAUGAAAAUCUUCGUUCCUCCCCUUCCGUUGCUUUACCAUUCCCCACGUCCCCUCCUCCACUCCGCUCCAUGUCAGUAGGCUCUCGGAGUAGUGCGAGCAGUGCUGUAUCUCUUGGAGGGUGCUCUUCCACUUCCUCUGGCCAUGGUUCCCUCAGCCCCCUACAUGGAUGUCCUGGAUCGGAUCAACCAUGGAGAUGCUGUAGGGUUGAGCCCUCCCACGAUAAGGAACCCAGCAUUUUCUUAACUGCCAGUUCCGGUUCCUCAGAAGGAAGCGUCAGUGGAUUUAGCUCCCCGGAGUCAGGCCACAUACCUGUGACUCAUAUAAAUACGUCUUACCCCUUGGAGUGCUGGCGCCCCCUACAUGUUAUUGAUAAGCCCCCUGAAAACAACAUCCCAUGAUUUCCAAUGACAGAAUCUACCGAAACGCGUCUACUGAAUGAAAUAAUCUCUAUUUAUGUUCCGUUUUAAUAUAUGUAAAUACUAUAUCGCAUUUUUGGUGAACGUUAAGAUAUUCUAAUGCGGUUAUACGUUGAUGUUUUAUAAAGGAUAAAAGUCAUAGGACCACUAUAUUAAAUAUGAUUUAUUGUGUUGG